AUGCAAUGGUGUACUUUGGUACUCGUGGUGGUAUUUCUUGUAAGUCAUGCAUCAUGUAUUCGCUAUGAGCCUAAUUGGUCUUCCAUUGACUCCAGACCUUUACCAGGAUGGUACGAUGAUGUUAAAUUAGGUAUAUUUAUCCAUUGGGGAGUGUUUUCUGUUCCAAGUUAUUCACCUAAACGAAUCUCUGAAUGGUUUUGGUGGUGGUGGAAAGGAGAGAAUUUACAGCCGUACAUAGAUUUUAUGGAUAAGAAUUACAAGCCUGGUUUUACAUACGCCGACUUCGCACCUCAGCUGACGGCAGAAUUUUUUGAUGCAAAUCAUUGGGCAGAAGUGUUCGAAGCAUCUGGAAGCGAGUAUGUAGUCUUCACUGCCAAACACCACGAGGGUUACACUAAUUGGCCAUCAAAAUAUUCUUUUAGUUGGAAUUCCAUGGCUGUAGGACCUCAUAGAGAUAUGGUUGGUGAACUGGCGGUGGCUAUAAAGAACACAUCAAUGCAUUUUGGACUGUAUCACUCAUUGUAUGAAUGGUUCAACCCACUAUAUUUACAAGACAAAGCCAAUAACUACACGACGACAGAGUUUGUUGAUAGAAAAACGUUACCUGAAUUGUAUGAAAUAGUCAAUAAAUAUCAGCCUGAAGUAAUAUGGUCUGAUGGGGAAUGGGAAGCUAAUAGUUCAUAUUGGAAAGCCACCGAGUUCUUAGCUUGGCUUUAUAAUGACAGUCCAGUAAAAGAUACAGUAGUAACUAAUGAUAGAUGGGGUAAAGACGCACGGUGUCAUCAUGGUGGAUAUUUAACAUGCGCAGAUAGAUAUCAACCAGGUACUCUUCAGAAAAAGAAAUGGGAGAAUGCUAUGACUAUUGAUAGUAAUUCAUGGGGAUUCAGAAGGAAUGCUAUUUUAUCUGAUUAUCUUUCAACUCAUACUUUGAUAGCAACGUUUGUUGAAACUGUCAGUUGUGGAGGGAAUAUGUUAAUGAAUGUUGGACCAACUAAAGAAGGUUUUAUUAAUCCGAUAUUUGAGGAAAGAUUACGAGAAUUUGGUGAAUGGAUGAAAGUUAACAGCGAUGCUAUCAAAGGUACCAGACCAUGGAAAGCACAAAAUGAUACCAUCAACUCUAACGUAUGGUAUACUAUGAAGGGUAAUAACGUGUAUGCUAUAGUUUUAGAGUGGCCACAAGGUGGUACAUUAAUCCUGGGUUCACCAAAUCCAUCUAUAAGUACCGCAAUUAAUUUAUUAGGUUAUCCUGAUAAAUUCCAAUAUUCUACAAGACCUACUGGUGGCAUUGCUGUAAAGAUCCCAAGAAUUCCUAAAAAUAAACUACCUGGUAAAUGGGCAUGGACAUUUGUAAUUACAGGUUUGAUAAAUUGA